AACUCGACAAUUGCAUUGUAAUUGAUACCAGUGCACAUGCUUUCUUUUGUCACAAUUGCGCUGUUAAUUGGUAGUCGGAGAAUGUUGUGAUUACUUUUCUCACAACAGCGUCCUAAUCCGAUCCUGUAAUAUUAAUUUUACCUUAACAUAAUCUCCUGUUCUAAGUUCUGUAAUUUCUGAAACUGAAAGUUUUAAUCUUCCGCCAAACUAAGAUGGCUUACGCUGCUCUUGUUUCACUUGGGCAAACGCUUGUUCAGCUUCUGAAACAGCAUCAGUUUUCCCUUGAAGAAAAACCACGACUUAAAUCUCUCCUUAAACACGUGAAGUUCUUGCAAGCAUUUCUUGAAGAGUUCCCUGAGAAAGCCAACAAUUUGGAAGCUCGAAUGAGGGAUGCAGCAAAUGAAGCUGAGGAUAUUCUUGAGUACCUACUGUUUGAAGAAAUUCUCAGCUUGGAUUCAAAUGGAGGAACCCCGACUUUUGAUCUUUCUCCCUAUCGAAGUCGCAGGUCCGAAGCCCAUAGGUUUCAGCGCAAGUUUCAGAAGCAGUAUCAGAAGCUACCGGGAGUAGCUGAUGAUUUCAAAUCUAUUGUAGAAGAGGUGGUGGAAGCUAAGAGCAGCCUUGGAGUCCAACACCUCCAACUCACCGACUCUUCUCGUCCUACAUCAGCACCGAUGCAACUGAGUGAUUCUUUUGCUCCUACUUCAUCAUCAGUGCUUGCGCCCGCCAAAAAUGAUGCCAUGGUUGGAUUUGAAGAUGACUUGAUGGCAAUAAAGACUCGGCUUUGUGGAGAGUCGCGCAACCUGGAGUUCGUUCCAAUCUAUGGCAUGGGUGGCAUUGGUAAAACAACUCUUGCUAGAAAUGCUUAUGAUGAUAGAUUGAUUAUACAACACUUUGAUACUCGUGCUUGGCUUACGGUGUCACAAGAUUAUAGCAUACAAGAGAUGCUUUUCGCUAUUAUAGAUUCCAUCAAUGCAUUCAAUGAGACGUUUGAUGAAAAAAAGCAUAGCUACGAACGUAUGGCAGAACAUGCGUACAAAGGUUUGAAGGGUAGGAGGUAUCUUGUGGUGCUGGAUGAUAUUUGGAGUACCAAGGCAUGGGAUGACAUGAGGAGGAUAUUUCCUGAUGACAAUAAUGGUAGUCGGAUCAUAUUAACCACAAGGCUACAAGAUGUGGCUGCUUAUGCCGACCCUUCCAGCCCUCUUCAUGAGAUGCACUUCAUGGAUAUGGAUCAAAGCUGGAAUCUACUUCGGCAGAAAUUGUUCAAAGAAGAACCAUGUCCUUCAGAGCUGGAGAACAUUGGAAAGAUGAUUGCAAGAAGCUGCAAAGGACUCCCCCUUGCUAUUAUUGUAAUUGCAGGACUUCUAUCCACAGUCAGUCAGACUCAAACUUCUUGGGAGGAUAUAGCAGAAAAGGUAAAUUCAGCUGUCACUGCAAAUGGUGAGGAAUUUGCCAAGAUUUUAUCUUUAAGUUACUCCCACCUGCCUCAUCAUUUGAGGCCAUGUUUCCUAUACAUGGGAGCUUUUCCUGAAGACCACGAGAUCCUUGUCGCCAAACUAGUCAAGUUAUGGGUGGCUGAAGGCUUUAUGAAACCAAGUGUAUCUAAAAGCUUUGAAGAGCGAGCAGAAGAAUAUUUGGAGGACCUUGUCAAGAGAAGUCUUGUUUUGGUUACUAGGAGAAAAUGUAAUGGCAAAAUCAAAAGUUGUGGCGUCCAUGAUCUGGUACGUGACUUGUGUAAAAGAAAAGCUCAGGAAGAGAAGUUCCUUCUAAAUGCUACAGAUAGGGUUGGUAACAAAAUUCUUUUAGAAAGCAUGAAAGAUCAGCACCGUCUGAGUAUUUGUCCCUCUAGUCUGACUGUUCCCCCCAGUCUGACUCUCCUUUCAAAUAUUUAUAGCCCUAUUAUCCGUACCAUUUUGUGCUUUCAGAAUUGUCAAAGUUUUCCAAGUUCUUUAAAAAGUUUUAGAUUGCUGAGGGUACUGGAUGUUCUGAAGCUAAUAGUGAUGGAGUUCCCUGCCCAAGUACUUGAGCUAUUUCAUUUAAGAUAUCUUGCUUUCAGCUAUGGGUAUAAAGGUGAUCUCUACGUUCCCGCUUCAAUAUCAAAACUUCAGAAUCUUCAAACCUUAUUCAUUUUUCCAUAUUGGAGGAACAAUGAAGAUUGUAGUUGUAGAAUACAUUUUCCAGCGGAAAUUUGGAGGAUGGCACAAUUAAGACAUCUGGUCUCCUUCAUUUUAGACCCCUUACCUAGUCCUUGUUCCAAAUCUUUUUCUCUUGAAAACCUGCAAACACUGGCUCUAGUAGCAAAUUUUAAAUGUGCCAAAAGGAUCGGGCAAAUAUUUCCAAGCCUAAAAAAGUUGGGACUCAUUUACAAUAGAGAUAGAAUAUUUUUGCAAGUCUAUCAACUCCACAAUCUUAUCCACCUGCGUCAACUUGAAAAACUGAAAAUCUGUAUAGGGAGCUAUUGGGACCGUCAUCCUUUGUGGGAAAAGCUUGCUUUUCCUACAACACUGCAAAAGUUAACCUUGAGUGGUUGUGUGCUUUCCCAGCAAGAUAUGGCGACUGUAGGUUCAUUGCCAAAUCUUCAUGUGCUGAAACUGAGAAGAUGCUCUUUUAGGCGUGGCAAAUGGGAAACAACUGAAGGAGAAUUUCCUCGACUGAAGUUUCUGCAAAUCGAAAGUGAAAAUCUCAAGCAUUGGGUAACAGAUAGCAGUCACUUUCCGAACCUUGAGCGCUUAGUGCUUCAUGAUUGUGGAGAACUAGGUGAGAUUCCAGAUGGUAUUGGAGAAAUUCCAACACUUGAGCUGAUUGAGGUGCCACACUGGCCCAAAUCUCUUGUGGACUCGGCCAUGCGGAUAAAAGAGGAACAACAAGAAUCUGGAAAUGAUUUCCUUCAAGUUCGGGUGGCGUGGUAGCAUGUUGCUUAUGGAAUAUUCAUUCAUAAAGUCUCAUCUAAGGUUAGGCAUUGGAUCUCCUUCUACAUAAAAGUUAAUCAGUUCAAGUCUUUUUAGGUUGUUUCCCUUAACACUGUGUCUCUUUAUUACAUUGAACUUGAUGUUUCUUUGCAUUGUUUUUCCUUUUCCCUUUAUUAUGUUGAUCUUCAGCAAUUACUCUCAUCCAUUUUCACUUCACUUGCUAGUGCUUAAAGGAAAAAGUUGAUACGUUUUGUACUAUAUAUGUCUGCCUGUGCGUAUGACUUGUGGUCUGUUGUGAUGAUGAAGUCUAUAAUCUCCCAAGGAUGCAUAAAUCAUACAGCAGCCAACAUAAUGAAGGCACUGGAAUUGGAAUCGGAAGAACGAUUAGUUUCGGAUACUCCUCUAUAAAUAGGGAACUCGCCCCCAGGCGAAAAGUUGGCUAUUAUUCUGUUGCUCUUCUAUUGCUUUGAUAAACACGAUUUAUCUUUAUUUUUCAUCGUCAUGUUUCAUUCUCUUUAACCCUUUUUAUUAUUUUGGAUUA